AUGAACCAUUUGGUUGGACCGCCUGAGGGGGAGGUAGGUGAAGAGCCGGCAAAUGGAGCAGUGAAUGAGUCAGUGGAGGCUGACCUGGAGCACUCUGAGGUGGAAGAGGAACAGCGGUAUGCAACUCGCUUCCCAAGGCAUACAAACAGCAGCCAAGGGGGCCUGUCUGGGCAGGAAGAGGAAGGGAUGUUAGCUCGAUCAGCCAGCACUGAGAGUGGUUUCCACAAUCACACGGAUACUGCAGAAGGGGAUGUGAUAGCCGCAGUGGAGAACAGUUACGACACAGAAAGAGUUCAGGAAAAUGAGGAUGAGAGCGCGUAUGCGGUGCAGUACAGGCCUGAGUCUGAGGAGUACACGGAGAAUGCCGAGGCUGAGCAUGGCGAGGCCAUUCAUAAUCGAACAUUGCCCAACCACUUACAUUUCCAUUCCAUCGAACACGAGGAAGCCGUGAAUGCAGCCUACUCGGGUUAUGUCUACACACAUCGGCUCUUCCACCGCGGAGAGGAUGAACAGUACGCUGAGCCUUAUGCCGACUAUGGACUGCAGGAGCAUGUGUAUGAGGAGAUAGGAGAUACACCAGACCUCGAUGUUAGGGAGGGGAUCCAACAGUAUGAGCGGGAAAGGGAGGAAGCUGACAAUUACCGCAAGGAGGCACUUGGUGCCCGCCUUCACCAUUAUGAUGAACGGUCUGACGGAGAGUCUGACAGCCCUGAGAAGGAGGCAGAGUUUGCGCCCUACCCAAGAAUGGAUAGUUAUGAACAAGAGGAGGACAUUGAUCAGAUUGUAGCAGAGGUGAAGCAGAGCAUGAGCUCCCAGAGCUUAGACAAGGCAGCUGAAGACAUGCCAGAGGCAGAGCAGAGUUUGGAGCAUGGUCAUGCUCUUGCUGAUGAUGGACAUGAAAGCAAUGGCCAGCUCCCAGCUGGUUCUCGAGUUACGUCCAGCUCAGGAGAAUCUGUACAGAGGUACAGCAAGGAAAAGAGAGAUGCAAUUUCGCUGGCCAUCAAGGAUAUCAAAGAGGCUAUUGAGGAAGUAAAGACAAGGACCAUUCGUUCUCCUUAUACCCCUGAUGAACCUAAGGAGCCUAUCUGGGUGAUGAGGCAGGACAUCAGUCCAACCAGGGACUCUGACGACCAGAGGCCACUAGAUGGAGAUUCUCCAUCUCCAGAUUCCUCUUCACCUCGGGGUGCUGAAUCGUCAAGUAGGCAACAUCACCAGGAUGUCUGCAGUACAGCAGAGGCCUCCACUAAUAAAGAGUCCAGAAAAAGCUUGGCUUCAUUUCCAACCUAUGUUGAAGUUCCUGGACCUUGCGAUCCUGAAGACUUAAUUGAUGGAAUCAUUUUUGCUGCCAAUUACCUUGGCUCAACUCAGCUCCUUUCUGAUAAAACUCCCUCCAAGAAUGUGAGAAUGAUGCAGGCUCAGGAAGCUGUCAGCAGGAUCAAGAUGGCCCAGAAAUUAGCCAAAAGCAGGAAGAAGGCUCCAGAAGGUGAAUCUCAGCCCAUGACUGAAGUGGACCUCUUCAUUUCUACACAGAGAAUAAAAGUACUGAAUGCAGACACACAGGAAACCAUGAUGGAUCAUCCCCUGCGGACCAUUUCUUACAUUGCAGAUAUAGGAAAUAUAGUUGUUUUGAUGGCUCGUAGGCGAAUGCCACGGUCUAACUCCCAGGAUAAUGUGGAAGCAUCUCACCCUUCCCAAGAUGGAAAGAGGCAGUACAAAAUGAUUUGCCAUGUCUUUGAAUCUGAGGAUGCACAGCUGAUUGCACAGUCCAUAGGUCAAGCAUUUAGUGUGGCCUACCAGGAAUUCCUGAGGGCAAACGGAAUCAACCCAGAAGACCUGAGCCAGAAGGAAUAUAGUGACUUGCUCAAUACCCAGGACAUGUACAAUGAUGACCUGAUUCACUUCUCCAAAUCUGAAAACUGCAAAGAUGUUUACAUUGAAAAACAAAAGGGAGAAAUCCUAGGUGUAGUGAUUGUGGAGUCUGGCUGGGGAUCCAUUUUGCCUACCGUUAUCAUAGCCAACAUGAUGCAUGGAGGACCAGCAGAGAAGUGUGGAAAGCUGAACAUAGGGGACCAGAUCAUGUCAAUCAAUGGGACCAGUUUGGUUGGUUUACCACUCUCAACAUGUCAGAGCAUUAUAAAGGGUUUGAAAAACCAGGCCCGGGUUAAACUGAACAUAGUUAGGUGUCCUCCAGUAACCACAGUCUUGAUCAGGAGACCGGACCUCAGAUACCAGUUGGGCUUCAGCGUGCAGAAUGGGAUUAUCUGUAGCCUUAUGAGAGGAGGCAUAGCAGAGCGAGGAGGCGUGCGUGUUGGCCAUCGGAUCAUUGAAAUCAAUGGACAGAGUGUUGUAGCAACACCCCAUGAGAAAAUUGUUCACAUUCUCUCAAAUGCUGUUGGUGAGAUUCACAUGAAGACUAUGCCAGCUGCCAUGUACAGACUGUUGACCGCACAAGAGCAACCAGUUUACAUCUGA